GCGGCCGGCGGGAGCAUGACAGGUGGCGGGAAGCGGAGGCCGCGCGGGGCGGCGGGCCCGGCCGGCGAGCAGUGUGAAAAAAAUGGAGGUGUCAAGAAGAGAAGGUCAAAUCAGGCAGAUAUCCCUGACAAUCUUCGUCAAGAAACGGAAACAUGCUAUCGGCUUAGACUGCCUGAAGACUUCUACCAGUUUUGGAAGUUUUGUGAGGAACUAGAACCUGAGAAACCAAGUGAUGCACUUGUGUCAAGUGUUGGACUUACGCUUGUUGGACCAUAUGAUAUUCUUGCUGGAAAACACAAAAAAGCAAAAUCAACAGAUCUGGACUUCAAUCUUCAUUGGAGAUUCUUCUAUGAUCCCCCAGAAUUCCAGACUAUACUUGUCGGGGAUAGCAAAACACAGUAUCACAUGGGAUAUUUCAGGGAUGUGCCAGAUGAGCUUCCAGUGUGGGUUGGUGCAAAUGAAGCUAAGAAGGGCUGUGUGAUUUCACAAGUUGGUGAUAAUGUCUUUGCCGCAGUCAAAUUAUUUUUGUCAAAAAAACUUAAGGAAGUGACCGAUAAAAAGAAAAAUGCUAUUUUGAAAGACAUAGAUGAAAAACUAACAAGAACAGCAAAAGAACUGGGUUAUUCUCUGGAACAAAAAACCAUGAAGAUGAAACAGAGAGAUAAGAAAGUGGUGACCAAAGCAUUUCAUGGAGCAGGCCUAGUUGUUCCUGUAGACAAAAACGAUGUCGGAUACAGAGAACUUCCCGAAACAAAUGCUAAUCUUAAAAAAAUUUGUAAGGCCAUUGUUGAUGCUCCUACUGAUGAUGAGAGACUGAAGGCCUUUGCACCCAUUCAAGAAAUGCUGACCUUUGUUCAGUUCGCUAAUGAUGAAUGUGACUAUGGAAUGGGAUAUGAACUGGGUAUGGACCUGUUUUGCUAUGGAUCACAUUACUUCCACAAGACGGUGGCCCAGCUGCUGCCCCUGGCUUACACCCUGCUGAAGAGGAACCUCUUUGCCGAGAUCAUCGAGUCGCACUUGGCCGACCGGCGGGCGGAGGCGGUGGACCGGCUCGCCCCCUGAGCCGG